AUGUCGAUCGAAGACAAACUGAAAGUGAUCGCUUCCACUGCUCUUGAAUCUCUUUUCUCCAGGAACACUGUCAAGACGCCUAUCUCGUCCUUCGACCUCCUCACACACGUCAUCUCGCUCGGUACUUCCCCUGGAGUGGUCCCCGGCUCUGGGCCAUCGCCCAGGUUUCGCCUUGUUGAUCUCGCGCGUUUCGACCGUAUCCUGGAACGCCUUGCGGAUCAUUGGGACUGCGGCAAGAUUGUAGUGUCGAGGGAUGAAGACCCAGAUGGCGGUCUCACCGUCAUGGACGUGCAGUUGGGCGUCGUGUCGACCAGCCAGCCAGAACGAUCGCCGCCUCGCAAGCGCAAACGCCCCGUGGACGAGGACGAUGACUCUGCCGUAGGUCGGACGCAGGAAGCUGAAGAGUCAACCCCGGAGAAAGUUGUGCGAUGGAGCCCUCCCCCCGGCACUCUGGAGAGCUUGAACAAGGUCAUGAAGGAGGUGUAUGGGCUGAUGCAGCAGAGCACCGCCAAGGGAAAGCUGUUGGCGGAGCAGUUUCGCUCACUUACGGGGAACUUCGAGCCAUUAUGCCUACGCAUAACCAAGGAAGAGUGCGCUCGGGCCCGUGCCGAGUCGAAUGCAUCGUCGAGUCCUUCGAAAGGCCUCUCACCCAUCUGUGACCGCAUACAUUUCCGUCCUCUCAUUCGACCGCACACUGACCCUACCUUGGGACACUGUUCCUACCUCAACACAUGCUAUUCGGAACCAACCUACGCACAGUCGCCUUCGAUUCCGCCGUUGCCGUCCCAUAGGCAAAUGCAGUACGGUGCUCAAGGUUCUGGUCCUGUCAGCUUGCCGAGCGGACUGGGAGCAGGCGGGAGGGGCAAAGAGAAGGCGCCCUGUCGAUAUCUUCACUUUGAGGUCGACUGGGACGUCAACGAUGGCCAGGGAAUGGUGGACCAGCGAUCUGUGGCGAGGCGGAAACCCUACAAGGUGGGGCUGGGUCUCGGGCCCAUGAAGACGCUCUCGAAACCACUGCCAGCUCAGUGGAUCAACUGUGACCUCCGUCGGUUUGACUACUCGGUAUUAGGGAAAUUUCACGUUAUCAUGGCAGACCCCCCAUGGGAUAUCCACAUGAGUCUGCCUUACGGGACGAUGACAGACGACGAGAUGCGGGCCAUGCCCAUCCCAGCCCUCCAGGACGAAGGAUUCCUCUUCCUCUGGGUCACUGGCCGCGCCAUGGAAGUCGGGCGCGAGUGCCUCCGCUUCUGGGGCUACACCCGCGUGGACGAGGUCGUCUGGGUUAAGACCAACCAGCUCCAGCGUGUCAUCCGCACAGGACGCACUGGGCACUGGCUCAAUCAUACGAAGGAGCACAUGCUUGUCGGGGUGAAGACGGUUACGGACGAGCACGGGACCCUUAAGUUCCCAUCGUGGGCCAACAGGGGGCUCGACACGGACGUGGUUGUCUCCGAGGUGCGCGAGACGAGCAGGAAACCGGAUGAGGUGUACGGGAUGAUCGAGCGCAUGUGUCCGGGGGGACGCAAAGUUGAGAUCUUCGGGCGGAAGCACAACACCCGGCCUGGGUGGCUGACGCUCGGAAACCAGCUCGGAGCGGAUCAGAUUUACGAGGAAGACAUGAGGGCGAGAAUUAAAGCCAAGUAUCCGGAGAGGAACCUCAACCCGCCUCCCGAUGCUAUCAUGCACUGA